AUGGACGACGAUUACUAUGUUCCACGACCACCUAGUCCCCAGUCGGAUGCCUCUGGCUUAACGUCCGAUGGGGAUGAAGAAAUGACACCGCGGCGGACGUCCAGGAGGGUUCGCUCUCCGUCGCCAUUACCACAUCCAAGAAGAGAUCCAAGAAGAGCUUACGUCGAAACGGAGGUUGAAGAAGACAACGAGGCCAGUUACACGGACGAGGGCGAGUGGGUAGAGGUAGAACCAGAAGAAGACGAAGAGGAGGAGGAGGAGAUGGAAAUCGAGGAAGAGGAAAUCUUGGAUGCGGCACCAUCCGAACCAGGAUCAGAAGAGGCAGAGUCGGAUGGCGGCAUGCCCCCGCCUUCAAUACAACUCAUGCGAAGAAAUCCCAGUGCAAUUGAGGCGCACCCACAACGCUCUAUUCGCGCGGAGCGAUACUCGAAUCGCCUCCGGCAGUGGCGGCCGACGUCGUUUUGCGCAGGAGGGGUAAGGGAGCCACUCCCACCGGUGCUACGCGUUGUAACGUGGAACGUGGACUUUGCGAGCAAACAUUCCAAGGAUCGACUCUCGGAGGCAUUGCAUCACAUCAUGGAAGAUGUUAUGCAUUGCAAUAUCGACCAGCGGCCGGAUCCAUGUAUCAUCAUGUUGCAGGAGGUGCAUCAGAGGGCGUUCUCUCUGCUACAGGAGCACUCGUGGGUCCAACGGUACUUCAUCAUUAUGCCUGGUGGACCACAUGUCUGGGGGAAUUGUCCCUACGGCAUCGUGACACUCGUGUCGCGCACAGUGCCACUCGUGGACUCGUUCGUCAUCGAUUAUCCAGGAUCCCUCAUGGGCCGACAGGCACUCGUAGCAGAGAUCAAGCUCGGAACCCCCGCAUAUAAGCUGCGGAGACAACUUGUUCCAUCGCAGAUGCGCACAUUCCGCAUCGCGAACACCCAUCUGGAGUCGUUGCCCUCCGGCGGCCCACAGCGUCCGGAGCAGAUGCGGAUGGCGGCGGAUAGUCUGCGCGACGAGGAAGUAUGUGGCGGGCUGGUCUGUGGGGACAUGAACGCCAUCCUUCCGUCGGAUGAGAGCAUCCCGGAGGACGCUGGUCUCUGGGACGCGUGGACGCGCGACGAGGGCGACGAGGGCGACGAGGAUGGGUAUACGUGGGGGUAUCAAUCGCCACUACAGGACCAGCAUUUUCCGCCAGGACGUUUGGACAAGGUUCUUUUCACAGACGGAGACGGUUUCUCGGUCGAUGUUCCUGAGCGGAUCGGGGUCGGGGUGAGAGCUAAGUCAACGCGGAGCAACAUGUUCACCGAGAGGGGCACAGAGGAGUUGUCCGCAAGGGAGAAGGUGGCUAAUCUUGUACUCGGCGUACAUGCUGCGGGCAUUGAGCUGGGAGAAGUUGCCAGGGGUGGAAUUCAUGUUAUGCAUGGAGCAGGCAAACACGACACUGCAGCAAGUUCUGCUGGCUGCUGGUCGCCAAUGGUCUCCAGACGAACCAAGACUGGAGUAGAGAGGGCGUCAGAUAAUCCGACGGUGACGUUCGCGGGGGACAAGACAAGCGAAGCGAGACGGCCAGCGUCGUUCAGUGUGAGCCCGUCCUCGUCUCCUGGUCCGGAGGAACUAAGCGUCCACAAUGGUGCUGACCCCAACGGUACCCCCAUCGAGAACUUGCCUACGCAGUCUAGCACUUCCUACACCUGGAAUGUCAACGUUGCUCAGGGAACUUCGAUUGGUUUCACUAUCCGCGACAGCACUGGUACGACUGCCCAGACUUCUGCUUUCUCUGUCCAGGGCGGCGGUCCCUCUGACUGCUUGAACGGUUCGAGCUCCGGUGGAUCUAGUGGAUCUUCGGGUAGUUCCUCUGGUUCGUCCAGUUCUAGCACUGCGUCUGCUACCUCUUCCGUGUCUGCUACCUCUUCUGUGUCUUCUGCGUCGUCCUCUGGGUCUGCGUCAGUAACCACUCCUGCAGGUUCUUCCUCUGGCUCCGGCAGUUCCUCCGGGAGCUCCACUGCCACCUCCGGCUCUUCUUCACCCAGCUCCACCGGUGGCUCGACUGGUGCUGCCACCAUGAACGCCGCUAGCAUGGGUGCUGCUGGUAUCGUCGGCGCUGCUGUCGCUGCCCUCCUUCUCUAA